AUGUAUAGACGCACCAGACUGGCCAGAGAUGCCUCGAUUGCCCUGACGAGAGAAAAUAAUCUGCGCGGUGUGCCUUUGUCGCAAGUUGGUGGGAUAAAGAUCAAACAGAGAGACCACAACAAGGGGGUCGAAAACAGCCCCCAUGUGAAACAAGAGCCUGGCACUGACGAUGAACCGCUGAGUUCCAGCGAGGAAGAAGAAACGAAAGAAGAAGGAGAGGAAGAAGAAAAGACGAUAAAAGAAGAGGAGGAGAGAAAAGUGGCCGCAAAGAAGGCAGGCGCCACUAAGCGAAAGCGCAAUGGAAGGGACGACCCAGAGACGAAAAGCAAGUCACAGAAAUCCAACCCGCCAUCGAGUGCUCCGUCGGACGAAAUCUUUCACUCUUCACUUAAUACCAACAAACCAAGGAAAAGAACCAUGUAUGGUAAAUCGAGCCAACAUCUCGCUUCUAGCCAAGAUAGCUUCAAGCAACCGCCGCCCGAGUACAAGGACAGCAGGCUCCAGAGUACGCCCGCAUUUCAAGUUCCGCCGACUGUAGAAGUCGACGGUCUCCCUAGUUUGCAAAAAGAGCCCGCGUUUCGUAUGCCUGCAGCAAUUCAGGAUAGCCAUGAAUUGCACGAUGUCCAGUUCAUACAACCUGCUGCAUGUGCUUCGAGUUCUGCCCUUACUGCCGGGGACCUUGAUUUUAUCCUCGACGACGAUGACGAUUUAUCCCCUCUCAGCUCGCCACCCUCCGACGUGUCCUUGGCUAUGGCAGCGUUUGCUGAUAAGGGAGCUGCGACCUUACCAGUGGACCCAACAGUGACGGGCACGACCGAGCAAUCGCGUUGUCCGAAUUGUAAUGCGCCAGUUGAUGCAGACCUUCUCGACGAGUUUCUUGCACAGCGUGGCCGUCGACUAAGGGACGAACGUUUGUUUUGUGAGCGCCACAAGGCCCACAAGGCUGAGAAAGAGUGGUCCGCCAAAGGGUAUCCCACAAUCGAUUGGCAUACAUUUGACGAGCGAAUUCAAAGACACUUUUCAGCGCUUGAGCGUCUGCUCGUGCCUAGUCCGUCGUCCUUUUACAGAGGCCUCUUAGAGAGUUCGAUGAAGGCUGGGCAGGCGAGGGUCUUCAAAAUGUCUUUAGAAGAAGAUAAUCUGGAGAGUCUGUCGUGUGGAUACUACGGCCCCAAGGGAGCAAGCAGAAUGUUAAACUCCGUGACUUCCAAGUAUUCUCGCAAACUGCGCCAGCUGGCGGCUAUGGAUAAAAUCCUCAAAACGGCCGGUCCCACUACUUAUGCGCAGGCCGUGCUUGUCCCCGAGUUAGCAGUUCUAUUGAUCAAGGAAGAUAUGAAGGUGGACAGUCAAGAUGCUCGUGAAAUCCUCAGAGAUAGUACGGACAUCGGAAACCGACUGAACGCAGCUGAAGAUGACCAGAUCCCUGUGGCUGAAGACGACGACGAUGGCGGCAAUUACAUAUAA